CUAGCUCUUCUAGAUUGAGCUUCAGGAUGUUGUUCUACAAUACUCCGUCCGCACGCAGGAUUGGGCUUGCGCUGAUUGUUGGAAUUGCUUUCUUCUCUGCUUUGGCUACGGCUCACGAAACCUUCGCGGUUGGUGAGCUGUCUGUCAGCCAGAUCGAGGAGAGAUUGCAGAGCUGUCCGUUCGUGGAGUCCCUCAAUGAACACAAGCGUGCUACAAGCCCACCAACAACAAGCUUAACGUCCAAGAUCUUCUCGAUUCUCUUCCCCGGCAGCCCGGCGGUGAAUGCCCUUCUUGCUACAGUAUACAUCUCCGGACCUCCGAACUUCCUCCUAGCCCUAUGCCCUCCUAAUAUCGACCCCUCGUCAUUGUCCGUCAUGGUCGCCUUUGCCGUUGGAGGCCUCCUUGGCGACACGCUAUUCCAUCUUCUCCCGGAAAUCUUCCUCGGAGAAGACUCCCCAGACCACGUCCGCUUCGUCAUGGUGGAACCAAACCGGAACCUCCUGCUGGGCCUCGGUAUCAUGGUUGGCUUCUUCACAUUUGUCGCAAUGGAUAAAGCACUCCGCAUCGCAACAGGUGGGGAGGGUCAUGAUCACUCACACUCCCACUCUCACUCUCACUCAGCGCCUGAGACUGCUGUAGCCACUGGCGCCAGCACAACCUCUUCCAACACCAAGCUCAAGCAGCGCAAAACGGCUGGGUCGCAUCCAGACAUACCUGAUACCGACAGCAGCAAAAACGAGAUUAACCCCAGCGUCAAACUCGGCGGUUACCUCAAUCUCAUCGCCGACUUUACGCACAACAUCACCGACGGCCUCGCCAUGUCGUCCUCUUUCUACGCCUCCCCCACUAUCGGCGCAACAACGACUGUAGCCGUCUUUUUCCACGAAAUCCCCCACGAAGUUGGCGACUUUGCCCUCCUCAUUCAAUCCGGCUUCUCCAAGCGCAAGGCCAUGGGCGCGCAGUUUGUAACAGCGAUCGGAGCCUUCCUAGGCACUCUAAUCGGCAUUGCCGUCCAGGAGCUCGGCGGCUCUGGCUCCCCCACCACUGCGGACGGUCUUGCAUCUUCGCCCGUUUCUGGCCUGCUCGGGACAAGUCUUACAUGGGGCGAUAUGCUCCUCCCUUUCACGGCGGGGACGUUUCUGUACGUCGGUACAGUCUCAGUUAUUCCCGAGCUGUUGGAGACGGGGAAGAACAAGAGCGUAGAGAUCAAGAAAACGAUUGUCCAGUUUGCGGCUGUUGCAGUUGGAGCUGGGAUUAUGCUUGCGUUAGUUCCCCCAUAUAAGCGUCUUGUGCCUUGCUGA